AAAUACAGUUUACUUAACUCACAUUUACGUAAACAAUGUGCUUUUUCAAGACCGGUAACUACACAUGACAUUUUUAAAUAGUUGAACUGUGGACUGUAACCCGACUGUUGUUUCCGUUUUUCCAAUAGUGAACAAAUAGUCAUGGCAGAAAACAAGGACGAUGUCAUAUUGGUAGAUGACAAAGAGAAGAAGAAACGUGAGUCUCUGUUCGUGUUUGGGAAUAACAUCGCUGAGAUCCCGUGUUUCCGGAAGUCAUUCCUUGUGGGUAUAUCAAGUGGACUUGGAGGUGGCAUCGUAUAUUUCCUUUUGACAAGCAAUACCAGGAGAGCACCACACGUAGCUUUCGGAUCCUAUUUCCUAGCAACCCUCGCAACAUGGGCACACUGCAGAUACAAUUGGUCCGCCAAUCGAUUCAAACAGCGACAGCUGCAGAAAGGGCUUGAGAUGAAAGUUAUGUACGAGGGAACUGAAAUUGAGAGGCAAAUGCUGACAAAUUCUGACAGUAAGGAAGUAUGACAAAGGCAGAUAAAGUGUUAUUAAUAGAUAUGUGGAAGACUGUGAAUGUAUUCCGAACAUUACACAUCGUGGAGGAACUGCCUGCAGGUUACGAGAGCAGUACACCAGCAUCUCAACACUGUCCAUCUCUACCCAUACACUGAAUGUCACAGAAUUAUACAGAUUUGGGGUCUAACCCAAAUGAUUCAACCGGAAUUUGAUGCCCAAAACCUGAUAUGGAAUUGAUUGUCAUAUUAAUCAUGUUAAUUAUUAGUAUUUUGGUUCUUGAAGGUGAGAAGUACAUUUAUGUUUUACCGUGCACAAAAUAUUACAUUUUAUACACA